AUGAAUGGCGUAGCAGAAGAUGCCCGGACAAUCCUAGGGAUCAGAGAUUGGAGUACUGCUGCCCAACGAUAUUUGGAAGAAGAAGAAUGCAUAGAUGCUGCACAAUUGUUUUUGGAAACAUCCACCCAUUUAAAGGAAUGUUUAAUUGUCGCAAGAAAGGGUAGAAAGUUCAGUACUAAAAUGUAUGGUUUAACACUGGUUGAUUUAUUUGAUUUACUAUCUGAAACAAUCUCAUUUGUUAAGGAGAAUAGUAAGGUUUGGAAAGAAACAACUAAUAUGAGCAGUCGCCUUUUCAACUUACUUCAAGCAGAUGGUAGUAAUUCUGAUCUGUUGCCAAAGGAUAAUUUAGAAAAGAAUGAUGAAACUGUAUUAGUGAAAGAUGAUGAAAGUAUCGACUUGGAAAAUCAGAAUGGCUAUACACAGUUGCAAAAUAGUAAUGCUAAAAAUAUGGGCUGUAAAAAUGAUUUACCACCAAAGCUGUUUCCUCAAAAUGGAAAUAAGGAAACACCUCCUUUUUUAUAUUCUAGCCAGUCUAGUCAGAUAAACGAAAAAGAUAGAUUUUCACCACAUUUUAUAAAAAUCAAAGAAGAAAAUGACAUGGAAGAAUGUAGCUUCGAGCUAGAAGAUAAUCAUGAAGAGGAAGAUGCUAUGCCAACUAUUGAACCUGAAGUACAGAUCAUUUCACCUGAUGGAAACCUGAGACAAGAACCUCCACCAACAGUCAACGUCAUCACAAAUCCUAUUAUGGUCGGGAGGCCCCCACAACUCUUGUGCCAGCCUUAUGGCAUGGUUCACAUGGUUCCUGCCUAUCCAGCCAGUGCUCAUCCAAGCCUAUCCACAGCAUUGUUCAUGCCACAGCAAAGUAUUUCAACACCACAACACCCCAUCACAGUUCAUCACUCGCAGUCAAUUAUCCAAACUACUGGAUCUGCUGUUAGCUCACCUAGUAACACUCUAUCUACUGCUUCUAUGUGGCCUAAACCAAAAGUCUCUAAUUCUCAAAGCCAUCAAGCUUCACCUAUGAAGAAGGCAUACAUGAGAGUAGAUAUCGCAAGCACUCAAAUAGGAACGAAGGAUCACAAAAUAUCAAAAAUGAAACAGAGUCUCUACCAGUCUAGUUCAAAACUAAGACCAAUUGCUCCAAAAAUUACACAAUCUCUGGAUAAUGGAGUGAAAGUGCAAGUAGUUCAUACCAAGGAAAACCCACUGAUAGAGGCAGGUUCAGGUAUCUCAAAGCGUUGUCUCCGUUCUAGAAGAAAAUCGGUUCAAAAAUGUGACCAAGCUGCUGCUCCAUUGUUCAUAGAUAUCAAUGAUUUAUAAUAGAACCUCGAAUUUAUAGAGAUAUUUUUGAAUCAAUUUUAUUGUAAUAAUAUUUUUUUGUAAAUAUAAUAGUUAAGUGAUGUGUAGAAAAUUAUGAAUGAACCUUUGUUACCUCAGUAUCCUAUUAGUUUUUAAUUAUUAUGUAUUUGUACAUUACUAAGAAAUUUGUAUUCAAAUGUUUAAGUUUCCCAUUUUUUUUAAACUUCAUCAACCAAAAACAUAAUAAUAAUUUUUCAUACACAGUAAAACUGAUAUAAGGAGUAAAACUUAUAUGGAUAGAUGUCUAUUAUAAUAAAAUAAUAAAAAUUAAAAUAUGUAACUUGUACAUAAAAAAUAAAUAAGUUCUAAUUACUUAUAUGUCUAACUUUUAUCAGAAGAUCUGGAGUAUUUGACCUAUGAAAGGCCUGAAGUUUUAAGAAAUUGGUUUUGUUUUUAAAUUAGAAAUAUGGCGCCUAGUUACAAAAUCGGUUCAUCCAUUUUUUUUCACAAAAUGUUUUUAUUUUAUUCUUCACAAGUUCUCGAUAUAUUACACCACCCAGCAGAGUGUUAUUCACAAAAAAUAUCUCAAUGCAGUAUAAAAACGGUAUCAAUCUAUAAAGUUUUUGAAAAUGAAUUGAACCAAUUUUGAAAGUAAUCAAUUCAAGUAAUUUUAUUUAUUGUAUGAAUAUGUACUGUAUAUUUUGAUGCAUAUAUUUAGAUCCGCAUUGUUAAUGUUGGUUACUUAUGUUAGUAAAGCAGAUUAUUAUUUGUGUCAUGUAUGUAAUUGUUUCACUCUUGCAUUAAUAUUUAUAUAAAUCAUAUUUCAUGUAUUUAUAUAGAACCUUACUUAUUACAGAGAAUUGACCAUUAUUCUGAUAUUGAGUAAAGAUUAUUAUAUUAGAGAAAUUAUUAUCAGGUUGUUUAUUAUAUGACAUAUGUCAACAUUAUUGUGUCAAGUAUUAAAAGGCUGCUGUUUAGUCUUGUAAGUUCCUUUUAAAUGUAUUUACUUUUGUUUUAUGAUAAAUAAUUCUGGUCACUUUUUGUGUCAUAACGUGCUAUAAAGUAAGAAGAUAUUUGUUGUUUUUGUAAAUAUUUGUAAAUAAAUAUAUUAUAAUGGAAUACAAAAUAUUUGCCACUGUACUUAUGGAAUUCAAAAAUAAGUUACAUAAGUUAUGUUUGUCCUGACUGACUCUACUACUGUAAAAGUGUUUCCAGACUACUUUUGAUAGCCUGAUUUUUCAAUAAAUAUUUGUCUGACAAAUCAAGAACCGCCUUUUCUAACUUCAUCAUUAAUAUGAAUUAACAGAUUAUCUUUUUAACACUGGCCUACAAAGUAACCAAUUUAUUUUAAUAAAAUUUCAAUAACAACAUAUAGAGACUAUGUUCAAAUCUGAGUCAUAAAAAAUAUUACCUCGAAUAUAUUAAAGAAUGAUACAUCCAAAAAAAGCUAUUCCUUGGCUUAUUCAGUUAUCAAUCUUAAUUAUUUUAAAUAUGUUAAUUUUAUUAUAUUCUGUUCAAAAGGCAUCUAUACUAUCCCUAUACCAUGAUACAUUUACAUGUCUUAACACAUGUAUUCAAAUUUAUAAUAGGAGCAGUGCCGUAGCUAAGAAUGACUGUGUCUCAACCUAAGCGUUUUUCAAAGUACUCCCCUUUUCAUGCAGAAAAAAAAACUAACUUUAUCCUUACCAUCUUGCCACUUUUUCACCUCCUAAUAUUUUUCAAACAUAUCAUUUUUACACUUACUAUAAAUAAAAUAAUAAUUUUGUUUUUUACAUAUAUUUUUUCAUCUGGAAUGUUUUCCAAUAUGUUUGAUUAUGCAUUGGGCCCAAAUGCAUAAAAUGUUAGGCAUUGAAAAUAUUUACACCACUGAAAAUGGGAUAGAAGGAAAGUGUGUUGUGCGUAGGAGGACCUGGUGGAGAUAACUAAGGUUUGAAGGCCCAAACCUCUUAACAGUCCCAUGUAUAAUGUGCCAAAAAUGUAUGAGGUUAAAAAUAGAGUUGCGGAAUUCCUCUGUUCAAAACCAAAAGAUUACUAUUGUAAAAAAAUAAGACAGCUAGCUUUAUUUAAGAUGGUAAUAAUCCAUAAGAACUCUAAUAAAAUUGAAUAAUAAUUAAUAAAAAAGUUAUGUUAUAACAAAAUUAAUUUAAAAUUAAAG